AUGUCUCUAGCGCUGCGCCACGUGCCAUGGGCCUCGUGGGAGGAGUGGGAGGCGGUGAGGUCGAGCCUGCUGGGCCCCGCCGCUACGCGCGAAUCGAUAUCUUUCGGGAUCGACCGGGUGGCAGCAUGGCAGAUCAGGGGCCGGGUUCCGGCCUCUGUGGACGUGACAGCUGGCAUGCUUGCCGUGAAGCUGCAGGACCCGGACCUCUGGCCCCCCAACGCGGUGCCUCCGCUCCCUCCAUUCGUGCUCCGCCAAUCAUAUGCUGCUGUCAUUAUCAGUAUUGAAUCUCCCCGUGCACCUGCUUCCUUUCCUUCCAAUUCCCGUCCCCAUUCCCCUUCUCAUUACCCUUCCGCUCCCCCUUCCGCUCCCCCUUCCCCUCCCCUUUCUCCUUCCCCUCCCCUUUCUCCUUCCCCUCCCCUUUCUCCUUCCCCUCCCCUUUCUCCUUCCCCUCCCCUUUCUCCUUCCCCGUUCCCCUCCCCAGCGCUGGCCCACAAUCGCCUGCUGCAGUUGCCGGUGCUGCGACUGGCUGUCACUCAGGCCCUGGGGUGGCUCGUGAGCAACUAUUGGAGCAGGCAGGCUGCUAUGCUGGCGGCGAGCAGCGAGGAUGCGGAGGGCAAGUUCUCCUCCUUCAGACGACUCAUUGUCUGUUACCACCACCACUGCCCGCUCUGCUGCCCACGCUCUCAUUCUCAUUCUGCCCCUUCCCCUUCCCCCUUGUUCUCACCCCAGGCUCUUGGUUGGCUCGUGAGCAACUACUGGAGCAGACAGGCGGCCAUGCUGGCGGCAAGCAGCGAGGAUGCGGAGGGCAAGUUCUCCUCCUUCAGGCGACUCUCUGCCACCACCAACACUGCUGCUGCCCGCGCUAAUGCCAAUGCUAAUGCUAAGCGCAGCUUUCCUGCCAGCCCCAAACCUGCUGCUGCCGGUGAUGCUGCUGCUGCUGCUGCUGGUGGUGGUGAUGCUGGUGCUGCUGCUGAUUCUGCUGCUGCUGACUCUGCUGCUGCGACGUUGGCGUUCGCAGCAGCGUCUGAGCCUGAUGAUUCGAUUAUGGUGGGGAAGCACAUGCAGCACCCGGCCAGGCAGAGGAACGCGCAGUUGAGAGAGUUACGGAGGUGUGCAGAGCGGUCCAUGGGCGAUUUCGCCGCUCUGCUGCUGAGGCAGCUUAGGAGAGUCGUGAAUGCUGCUUAUAGCGCGGAUAAGGGUGGUUUUGGCGGUGUGGGUGAGGAAAGUGGGGCACAAACGGGGGGAGGAGGGGGAGGGGAAAGAGGGGAAGAUUUGGAAGGGUUAGAAGAGGCGGUUUGGGAGGUGUUGGAUCAUAUAAGAGGGUUACCAGCUGCGUUACUGUCACAUAUAGUGAAUGAGCUUAUAGCGGUGGUUGUGAGGGGCGGGAGCAGGGGGGUGGGUGGUGAGGGGAAUGAGGUGUGGACGGGUGGUGAGAGGAUGUGUGAGGGGAUGGGUGGUGGGGGAGAGGAUAGGGAGGGGGUGAGAGGGGAAGGGGGAUGGAGGGAUGAGGAGGAGUGGAGGGAGAUUAUGCAGUGUUUGGAGUGGACCUCAUCACACGACUCGUCCCCAUCGCACGGCAAGUGGUUCCCUCUGCCUCUCCUCGCCCGCUGCGCCACGCGCUGCCUGCACGCCCUCCCCUCCUGUCCCCGCCUGCCACAUGUGCUUGCUGACGUGGCACUUGCACUCGCUGACCGGAUGAUCCAGAAGGAAGAAGAGGAGGGGGACGAGCGGAAGGGGAAGGGUGGAUGUGGAGGAGAUGGGUCUCAGGGAGGUAGAUCUGGUGGAGGCAAGAGUAAAGGAGGGGGGGAGGGGACGAAAAGGAGCAAAGGGAGGGGGGCGGAGAUGAGCUGGCGCAUUCAGCAGCUAGUGAGGCACGGGUUGGUGGAGUGGUGGGAGGAGAGAGGGGCAGCAGGUCCUGCUGCUGGCUCUGCUGGUUACCCUACUAUCGCGCCUGGUGUGGUUACAUGUGACGGUGGUGGGGUAGCAGCAGCGGGUGCAUUUCCUGUUUCCUGGUUGGGUCAUUCGCAACGGUUGAGAGAGAUUCUGGUGACGAGCGGUGACGUGCUUAUGGCGAGCGGUGCGUUAGAGGGGGAUUUGCUCGCAGACAAUGCACUGGAAGUGUGGGGUGGAGGGGGGUUCAUGGGUGACGUGAGUAUGAGUCCGGAUGAGAGAGAGUGGGAGAUUAAUGGGGUUAGGGGGGUUAGAGGGGAAGGGGACGAUGCAGAAAUAGUGGAAAACGGAGGAGAGGUGGUAUCUGGUGCUGCUUUUGGUAGUGGUGCUGGUGGUGCUGGUACUGGUGAGGAGAUGAGUGCGAUAGCUCACUUGGAGCAGGCUGCAAGGACUGCAUUGUUGGGAAAAGCAGCAGCAUCAGUGGCAGGGGCAAAGAUAUCCGGUGCAGCAACGCUAACAGGUGAACAAGCGGAGGCAGAGGCAGAUGGGGCCGAGGCCCUUGAGGCGAGUAAAGGAGCUGAUUGUAGCGGGGAUGGGGCCGGAGAGGCUGUUGAAGGAGAGGUAAAGAUGGGCGAGGGAGGCGGAGCAGGAGGGGGAGGAGAGUGGGGUGGGCGGGCCGGAGAGGGCGUUGGAGGCGAGGCUGAGGAAGGUGAGGGCCUGCUUGCCCUGGCAGAAGGCGGGGAUGGGACCUGUGGGGUGGGGGGAUCAACAAGGAGAGAAGAGACAAGGGGAGGAAGAAACAGAGUCGUUGUAAGAUGCAUUGAGGAUUGGAACCUGUGGGAUGGGGGAUGA